CCACUUGGAUCAAAUAUGAAAUUCAUGUGACGAGUGACGACUAGGCGGUGAGUAACAAUUACGUGGGGUAAGAUUAUACUGCCAGUCAUACGAGGUUAGCUAAGUGGUUUCUAUCAUCUCCGUCACCCCACUCAAUAGCUUCACAAAUUCCAUGUUCUCCCCCACAGAGUCCUGUGGUUUCAUUAUGACAAUAGUGACAUCCCGGAGGUGACGGGAGCUUCCUUUUUUGAGCUAUUUAUAUUUACGCUAGAGGCAUGAGAAUAACGGAAAGGAAAGCCGUAGUGGUCGGCCUCUCUGGAGCGUCGAGCUCUGGAAAGACGACAUUGGCUAGGCUUUUGCGCGAUAUCUUCCCAAACAGCUUCAUCUUGCAUGAAGAUGACUUCUAUAGGGAAGAGAAAGAACUCCCAACAAAGAACGGCCUCCUAGACUGGGACUGCGCCGAAGCCCUCUCCAUCCCCGACAUCAAAUCCUCCCUUAGCCAUAUCCAAGACCACGGCACCUUCCCCCCGCAAUUCGACUCCAAAGAAGACCGCAACGACGUCGGCCAAUGCCCCGUCUCCGACGCUGCGAUCGCCGGGCUGAAGGGUAGAGUUGCUGCGUGGACACAGCCAGGUAGGCCGGGGCAUGGGAUACUCACUUCGUCGGAGUCGGCGCUUCGUCUGUGUAUCUUCGAUGGGUUCUUACUCUACGCACCGUCUAUGGCGGAGAUCCAGCCGCAUAUAGAUAUCAAGCUGUUCCUGCGCGUGGGGUAUGAGAAGGCGAAGGCGAGGAGGGAGGCGCGCACGGGGUAUGCGACGAUUGAGGGGUGGUGGGCUGAUCCGCCGGGGUAUGUGGAUAAGAUUGUUUGGCCGAACUAUGUUGAGGAUCAUGCGUGGAUGUUUGAGGAUGGGAAUGUGGAAGGGAAGUUCAAGGAGGAUGUCUUGAAGGAGAGGGGCAUUCAUGCACAGUCGCAGCAGGGACCAGAUGUGGAUAUGGAGACCACGCUGGUGUGGACGGUGGAUGUCAUUAUGAAGUCUUUGGAGAUAUCUUCUGGAAAUGAAAAGCUAUGAAUUGGAUAGAGGAAUUCAAAUAUAGCCAAAUUAUUCUUCA